AUGAAUCUCAUGGGUCAGGGAAACCAAAACCAACCCAAUGGCCAUCCGACCGCAAGAGGGUUCGGUCCUUACCUCAACCGGCCGCAGUCCGAGUCGGAGGAAGAUGAUUCUGAGUAUGAACCACCAGAUCGUGGAGGUGCUAACCAAGCCGCACGAGGUGGGAGACGUGAGUAUCGGAUCCAAGGAGAUGGAAGUCCGAUCAGACAGAGAGAUGUAAGCCCGUACCAGAGGCAGGACGGAAGCUUGAACCGGAGGAGAGGUCGAGACCGGAACGAUGAUGCGGCCUUCCAAGGAGGCAAGGACAUCAAACUGAAACCACCUACGUUCGCGGGAAAGGUCAAUCUGGACACUUACAUCACAUGGGAGAAACGCAUGGAGUAUAUCUUUGAGUACUAUAAGUAUUCUGAUGCAAAGAAGAUAGCUCUAGCCGCGGCCCACAUUACUGAUAAUGCUCUAUCUUGGUGGGAUCGAGAUGUUGCUAAGUCCGGUCCAACAUGGAGAGCCCAAAGCUGGAUUGAGAUGCGAACUAAACUCCGAGCAAGGUACAUUCCAUCACACUAUCCUAGAGAUUUACUAAAACAUUUUCGUAAGUUGUCUCAGGGAACUAAGUCCGUGGAGGAGUACUUUGAAGAGUUUGAGGCCCUAAGGAACCGAUUGGAAGUGGACGAGUCUAAGGCGUCCAUGAUGUCUCAGUUCUUGGAGGGACUGAACGAUCGGAUCGCACGGAAGGUGGAGCACCAGCAAUAUGAGGACUUCAACGACCUCAUGCACUAUGUCGUCCAGGCUGAGAGCCAUAUCAAGAGAGAGAAUGCGGCCACUAGCCGGAGCAAACCUGUGUGGUCUCAACCAGGUCCAAAGGGAAAGGGACAUUACGCUAGGGAUUGCCCAAACAAGCGUGUGAAGGUCCUUAAGGCCGAUGGUGAGUACGAGUCGCAGGAUGAGGCCGAGUUGGAGACGGUUGAAUCUGGUGACGAGAUAGUAGACUAUGCUGAUACUGAGAGUUACUUCCUAAUCAUUGAUGGUGGUUCUUGUACUAAUGUGGCUAGCAAGUAUCUUGUUGAUAAGCUAGGCUUGGUCAAGACGCCCCACCCUCGACCAUACAGGCUCAAAUGGCUUAAUGAUGAGACUGAGCUUAAAAUAGCCGAACAAGUUGUUGUGUCUUUUAGUAUUGGUAAGUACCAAGACCAGGUGAAGUGUGAUGUAGUCCCCAUGCAAGCCGGCCAUAUUCUCCUAGGGAGGGUGUGGCAAUUUGACAAAGAGACCAUCCAUCAUGGCCGGACCAACAUCUACAGCUUCAACCACAACAACAAGAAGCAUAGCCUAGCACCACUCAGUCCACAAGAGGUUCAUGAUAUGCAAAAGGCAAUGGACCAGUCCAGCAAGGUUUUGAGGUCCAAGACGUACCAGCUGAGGUACAAGUCCUUAUGGACCAGUACAAGGACGUCUUCCCUGAUGAGAUACCAGCCGGUUUACCCCCCCAUCCGCGGAAUAGAACAUCAGAUUGACUUUGUACCAGGCGCACCCUUACCAAACCGAGCUGCGUACCGAGUUAAUCCCGAGGAGGCCAAGGUGUUGGAGAGGAAGGUCCAAGACCUUAUGGACAAAGGCUAUAUUCGUGAGAGCGUCAGUCCAUUCGCGGUUCCGGUCCUUCUAGUCCCAAAGAAAGAUGGCACAUGGCGAAUUCAGUGCUUAUCGGACCACCUUGACCAUUUAGAACAUGUGCUAAAGGCUUUGAGGCAAGAAGGGCUUUAUGCCAAUCUCAAGAAGUGUGUGUUUUGUACUGACCAGUUAGUGUUCUUAGGCUUUGUUGUGAAUUCACAGGGACUGAAGGCCGAUGAGGAGAAGAUCAAUGCGAUACAAGAUUGGCCCACCCCGACCACGAUUGGACAUGUCCGCAGUUUCCAUGUCCUUACUCUGCCUAACUUCGAUAAAACUUUUGAGAUUGAGCGUGAUGCAUCAGGUACGGGCAUAGGAGCUGUGCUUACUCAAGGUGGCCGACCUGUAGCCUUCUUCAGUGAGAAAUUGAGUGGAGCUGUCCUCAACUAUUCUACCUACGACAAAGAGCUCUAUGCUCUCGUGAGAUCAUGA